CUACUCUCUGCAUCACCUACACAUCGAUCCAUUGUUGUCGCAUUUUGCGAAGUAACGUUCCUCUGUAUCCCUCGUUGCUAGCCACCUACUGUUCGGGUCCAUAAAAAUCGCAUUGCCUCUCGAAGCCGAAUUCUCUCAGCCAAUCCUCAUUUUCUCUCACAAUGGACUGCCUCCCCAUUCCUUUUGUUUGCUUCCAAUGCGGUACCGAUCAAAAUCCUUGCCAUUGCAAAGUAGUAGGCCCUACCAUUGGCUUCGCUAGCGCCAUUGUCCUCGCAGUUAUCUGUUGGCCUGCUUCCCUCUUCUGUGGCUGCUGCGCGACCGAGACAGGAAAGAAGAUGCUCGGAUACCCAGCGGAUGCCAGCGGCAGAAUCAGCAACGCAAUACCAAUCUAGCGCUCGUCCUUGAUUUGGUGUUUUCCUCUGAAUGGUUUUCUGGACUCGGUAAUGAUGGCGUUCUCAACCUGAGAUUAUGGUAUGGCUGUGCUGGGCACAGUUUACAAUGUUAAUAUUCAGCACAUCAGAUUGGCUGCAAAGUAUAAAG